GUGUAGGAGCAUCACAGCAGAGGGAUUGACCCAGGAGUGGCAAGGUGAGUGGGAGAGAGAGGAAGGCAGUUUUUCUCUAUCCAGAAUUCUGUGAGGAACGUCAAUAGGUAUCUGGGGAGUGAAAGGAGGGAUGCGGUUUUGUUGACAAGGCUGAGGUUGGGACAUUGUGGAUUGGGAAAUGGGUUAUUGUUAGUGAGGAAACACCCAGAUGGGAAUGUGGCAAGGUAGAGAUUGAAGUAUGUCCUGUUAUAUUGUUGGUGGUAUGCUGAGGAUAGGAGGACAAUUUUCUGUGAGCUGACUGAGUUGGGUAACCGCAUUUUCGCUUGUAACAAUUUUGAGCUCAAAUGAUAGGCACAGCGAAAUAACAAGGGAGCUGUUGUCGUUUCUGUAUUCCACCGGCCUGCACCUACUGGUGUGAGGCUAUUAUUAAUUCGCAUUACGACCUGAGAGAAACAGCAAUUCACAGUACAGCGUCUAGUCUGCUGGAAACUCACAUGAAGAAAAAUAAGUAAACGGAAGUGAAGUGACUAAGAACAAUUUCUACGUUAGCGUUUGUAUUGUUAUUUAGACGUUUAUUUAAACCCUGAAACUUAAAAUGACUAAUUUAACUGCACAGCGUCACAUACUUAACACAUAUAGUGUCUAAUUCGGGUUAAGGACUUGGUUGAUGAUGUUAUCUAUGUAACCCUAGCUAACUGCUAACGUUAGCUAACAAUGGCUGACUGUAUGGUUUUUCACACUCAAAUAGCCUCCAUCAUGAAGGUGCUAGCAAAUGCUGCAGUGGAAGAAAUCUGUAAACUCGUAGACGACGACUAUGCAGUGUUUCGUUUGGAAAUAACUCAAAACCAGAAAGAAAACAGGGUAUUGCGGAGGAAACACCUGGAACUGAAGGUGGCACGGGAGCGCGUCCUCGCCAGUAUUGUCAAGAUCCUCGACCAUUACAGAGGAAUGGCAAGAGGUGAAGGACAUCUCACUGGAGGCCACAGGAGCUUUGUGAAGCCAGCAGAACACAAUACAUGGAGAGAUGACCAACCAAUCACUGUUGAUGAGGGGAGUGGAACCUCAACCCAGCACAUUAUCGUGAUAGAGUAUGCAUAUGCAGAGGCUGCAGGUCCUGGGGUCAAGCAGAAGAGGUCUGAAGGAGAAGAGGACCCACGGCACAGCAGAGACAUCCAGACUGGAGAGGAUGGACUACCCCCUCUAGAGACAGACACAAAAACUGUAACUGUAACACAAAGGUAUUUACUCACCGACUGGGGCUGUCCUGCUCCCAGCUCAGAGUAUUUACUUUACAAUAGCACAAGCCUGAGGAAAGUUCAUUCCCAUCGAGAUUUCGGUGACGAGACUGGCAAUGAUCUGUCUUGUUCUUAUACCACAGAGAUGGACCCUGGCAUGCCCUUGGGUUUAGAGACACAAACUGAUCCAUCUAGAGGUGACUUGAACCGGUACAGUAGUAGUGUAUACUCUGAAGGGUGCCUAGAUAAGAAAGGGGAGGGUCUGAUCGUAGAUGAUGUGACUGUGAAAGUGGAGGGUGACAUGGAAUGCGCAUAGACAAAUCGAAAUAUAUUUUACACGCGUCCAGGGAUUGCGACCCAGUGUCUACGUCGAUGGGGCCUUCUGAUUCACAUGGCCACGUCCUUUUCGAUCAGGUAUUGAACUCAAAUUACAGGGCUAGAGCGCAGGCUCAGGGAGGGGGAGCAACAUCAGGCAAAGAGAAACGGAUGCUCUGCAUGUUCUGUAACAAAGGCUUCAGUU